CCUCUUUCCGGUUUCCAACGGCCGGCACCAACGCCGCCGGUGCUGCUGCUGGUGGCCCGGCCUCUCUCUCUUUCCGGGGGGAUGUCGGGGGCACGCGAAGUGGUGACGCUGCAGCUGGGGCCCUACGCCGGGUGUGUGGGCGCCCACUGGUGGGGCCUGCAGGAAGGUUUGUUGGGCUUGGAUCCGGCAGCUGCAAAACCAGAUGAAACCAUCCAGCAGAAUGUGCUCUUCCGACCCGGAAGAACUUCCCAGGGGCAAGAAACACACACCCCCCGCCUCAUCCUCAUGGACCUCAAAGGGAGCCUGGGCAAUCUCAAGCAGGAGGGAGCCUUGUACCAGGAUGCAGAAGCCAACACUCCUGUGGCCUGGAAGGGGAACCUGACAACACACCGAGAAGACCCAUCCCCUGUUAACCCCUUCCUGAAAGGCCUUAGCAGGUCAGAGGAUAACAGAUCUUCCAGCUGUGGCUUUUCUCCUAGGAGCCUUCCUGGUGAUGGUGAACAGCGAAAUGAGGCUUCACAAACGCAUCACUUGGAGAACACAGUGCAUGUUUGGUCAGAUUUCCUCCGGACAUAUCUGCACCCUCAUAGCCUGUUAACUAUUCAUCAGUACAAUCAUGAAGGGGAUACGAGUCGACUUGAGGCUUUUGGACAAGGAGAAAAGCUAUUGCAAGAUACUCCAUACACUGAGGAGCUUGAAGACAGACUACACUUCUUUGUGGAAGAAUGUGACUACCUGCAGGGAUUCCAGGUUCUGUGUGACCUGCACAGUGGGUUUUCGGGGGUCGGAGCAAAGGUUACCGAGCUACUUCAGGAUGAGUACACUGGGAAGGGAGUUCUGACGUGGGGGCUGACGCCAGUGCUGAAAUCUGCUAUUCCACAGAAGAAUUUCUAUAGGCUCAUGAACACAGUUCUGGGAAUUGUCAGUCUUUCCAACCACAGUUCACUCUUCUGCCCCUUGUCGCUGAACAAGAGCCUGGGCCUCAGGCCAGAGCCUCCUGUGACGCUGCCAUACCUGCACUAUGAUGCAUCUCUGGACUAUCACACAAGUGCCAUCUUGGCCACAGCACUAGACACACUCACUGUUCCCUAUCGACUCCAAGGCUCGCCGAUCUCCAUGGCUUAUCUUGCUGAAGCCCUGAAUAUCUCGGGGAGAAAGGUAGCAGCUGCAGUGACUGCCAUACCAUUUCCUGUGAUGCAGGAACAAUCUCUUCCUGAUGCUCUGUGCAGCCAGCAGCCCACCAUGUCCUGGAUUCCACUGUCUUCAAAUGGAGAGCAAGGAGAUAGCCACUGUUUUGCACAGUCAGUUGUGCUGAGAGGAAUCAGCAAGGAAUACCAAGUUAGCAAUCCUCCAUCAGGCACUGAACCAAAAUCUGUCCUCCACAUGUGUGAAACAGGACAGGAGGUACUGGCACGCUACUUGUACAUGGCGUCUCCCAGAACCUUCAGCACUUCACAUUUACUGCAAAGUCCUUCCAAGCUGUUGGCUCCAUAUCCCCAGUACUUCUCUCCUCUCUUGAACAAGCAAGGAUUCCUCUUGGAGAAGCCAUCUCACACCUCAGCAGGAGUUGAAAGCAUUCCAGUCUUCACUGCCCUCCAGUCGUCAGCCAUCCUGCUUAGAACUCUUGGGAAGUUAUAUGAAGAGCUACAUCAAGUGGAUGUCCGGCGCUGGGCAAGCUUUUUUUCUGCAGGAGUAGAAAUGGAUGACUUCCAGGAGGCCUUGGAUGAGCUGAGGACACUGUCCCAGUGUUAUAAACAGAGUGGUUUAACAGAAGAUUCAGAGGAUGAUACAGACUGAUUGCUUUCUUUCGUGCCUUACACAGGACAACUUCCACUGACAUUUCAAAAUGAACUCUCUAAAGCAUCCAUCUCCUGAACUGCUAAACUGAAGCUUUGCAGUAUGCUCAAUCUUUAACUCUGAAUUAAUGCUCGACCAUUCUGUGCACAAAGGUAAGAAGGCAGCUCUGCACACCUUCCACAAUGGAAUGGUUUUUAUUCCUUAAAAUAGAAGUGCACAAUAAAUAUUCAUCCUGAAUUUCA